AAAAUUAUAAUUUGUUUGGGUUAAUCACCCCGAUUAGAAUGUAAUAUUUAUUAUUGUAAUUUUAUUUUGUAAUUCAAAAAAAUAAAAAUUUUUAACCCUAUCGACAAAAAAAAACAAAAUAAUAAUGAUGAUUAUGAAUCCGAAGAAUGAUUCAAAAAAUGAUUCGAAUACGAAUCUUCUUAGUGAUGAUGGUGAUAAAAUUGAAAAUAAAAUUGAUAAAUUAUUUGAAAUUCAUUCGGAAAAUGAAUCAAAUGAUUUGAAUGAUAAUGAAUUUAGUCAUUCGGCGACACCGACACCACCUUUGCCUCCAACAUCAACUUCCAAUGAUCAGCUAAUGUCACAAUCAAGUCAACAACAACUGCAACAACAACAUUCCAAUAAUGAUAUUACUACAGAAAUUGUUCGAGCAACACAAUAUGGAAAUUUAGAAUUAUGUCAAAAAUUAAUCGAUUCAGGACGUUAUGAUGUUAAUCAACGUGAUCGUGAAAAUGUUACACUUCUUCAUUGGGCUUCAAUCAAUAAUCGACUUGAAUUGGUUAAUUAUUUUAUCUCGAAAGGUGCCAUAGUGGAUGCUAUUGGUGGUGAUCUUCAAUCUACAGCUCUUCAUUGGGCAACCAGACAAGGACAUCUACCAAUGAUAGUACUAUUAAUGAAAUAUGGUUCCGAUCCAUCAUUAUUAGACGGUGAUGGUUAUAAUGCCCUGCAUUUAGCAGCUCAAUUUGGUCAUACAUCAAUUGUUGCCUAUUUUAUUGCCAAAGGACAAGAUAUUGAUGCUCCCGAUACAAAUGGAAUGACACCAUUAAUGUGGUCUUCAUUUCGUAAUAAUUCGAUCGACCCUACUCAACUUUUGAUAACGUUAGGAGCUAAUCUAUCAUUGACUGAUCGAAAUCGUAAUACAGCAUUACAUCGUGCUGUAUUAGCACGAAAUCCAAUUGCUGUAUCAUUAUUGCUCAAACAUGGCGCCAAUCCUAAUCUAAAAAAUAUUGCCGGCGAUACACCGAUUGAAAUGUCUGUCAAAUUUCAUGCCAAAUUUAUUCAUAGUCUGUUUGUUGAACAUCAAAAACAAAACGAAUCUAAACAACCAUUAGCAAGAAUAAAAAUUGCACCAAACACUGAAAUUCGUAUACCAAAAUGUUGUGAUCCACAAUUUCGUUAUUAUGUAAUGGCAUUAACACCAUUCAUUUAUUAUUACCUGUUUGGAAAACUAUGUGAAAGUGAUCUAAUGUUAUCGAGUAAAGCACUAAUAUUAAUAAUACUAGUCGGUUUUCUUUAUCUAUUGAUACGAUAUAUGUUCGAUGUAAAACAAUUGAAUGUUUUAGCCAUUUCAUUAUAUUUAUCAACAAAAAUCUGGCUUUACAUAACAUUUUUUCAAUAUUUUCUUUUCGUUUUAUCACCGAUUGAAUUGUUCAUAUUCAUUUUAUGUUCGACGGGUCUAUUUUAUAGUUUUUAUAGAUGUUAUCAAAAUGAUCCUGGCUAUAUUUCCAAUAGUCGCGAAGAACAGGUUAAGACCAUAAUCGAAUUAGGUGAACAUGAAGGUUUUGAUUCAGCAUGGUUUUGUUCAACAUGUCUGAUACGUAAACCAACACGUUCGAAACAUUGUUCAUUAUGUAAUCGUUGUGUAGCACGUUUUGAUCAUCAUUGUCCAUGGAUUGGAAAUUGUGUUGGUUAUCGUAAUCAUAAAUAUUUUAUCUGGUAUCUUAUUACAUUAGCAAUGACAUUAUUCUGUUAUUUAGUUGCUACCGUACAUUAUUGGGAUUUUCUUGAUGACAUACAUCAAGAUGAUAUCAAUGAAACUAAUGAAGAAAUUAUAUCAGCCACCAAUAGAAAACAUCAAACAUUUAUGAAUGUUUGGUCAAAUGUUGUUACAUAUAAUGGAUGGAUUACAUGGUCACUAGUCAAUGCUUUGAUUCAUGUUAUUUGGGUUGUUUGCCUUUUAAUUUUUCAAUUAUAUCAGAUAACUUGCCUUGCAAUGACCACUAAUGAACGUAUCAAUGCCGACCGUUAUCGAUAUUUUAAACAAAAUAAACGUUCGGGAAAUAUUCAUAAUCCAUACAACUAUGGUUUUAUUCGAAAUUUUAUUGAAUUCUGUGAAUGUCGUCGUUUAAAUAUGUGUUUAUAUAAAUCACCCGAUCUACAUGAUUGGCGUUAUGUAUUUGAAAAUUUUGAAACACUUGGCCGUUAUGAUUCAGAUGAUUCGGAUAAUGAUAAUUCAUCACAUGAUGAAGUUAAUGUUUGACCAAUUUUUAUACUCGAUUCAUAUAUAUGUAAAACUUGCACAACAAAAAAAAUUAUAUAUUCAUCAAAGCACCCUAUCAACAUUCAGUAACUUGUAA